GGAGCAAUGGAUGCUGCCGGAUGCAGAUGGGCAAACAGUUUUAGUAAAAAACUCUAAACGUUAAGUGAAUAACGCGCACGGUUUUAAGUGGAAAUUUUUCUCAUGAAAAUUAUAGUUAAAAAAAAAUAGAAUAAAUAAAAAUUGAAAAAAUAAAUUGAAAUAUUUUUUUAAUGAAUUGUGGAAAUUUAGAAUUAUUUAUUUAUAAAAUAAUAACAGUCAAUAAGAAAAAUCAUGAAAUCAUGUGUUACCAACAACAACAACUUAAAUCGCAAUUUGCCCUUAAAUAAUAAAAGUAAAACUACAAAAAAUCGCCACAAUACAAAUUCCGCAAAUUCCCUAUUGACAAAUGCGGCCAAUAUGAAAAUAACCAAAGCAAUUGUAAAUUCGAAACAACAACAACAGCAACGUAAAACCGCAACAACACCAGCCAAGGGAUCAAAUACACUCCACGCCAAAUCUACAUCAUUUGACGGGGUGUCCCACCUUAACAGGGUGGAGGGGUUGAAUAUGACCGAAGGCCAGGAUUUGAAUUUGAAUGCUAGAAUCCUUAAAGAGGAUGCUUCGCAUACAAAGAAAGAGAGCCUAGCCGAGAAAGAGAUGGCCUAUGGCAGAGAGCAAAGAUCAGCCACACAACCAGCAAAUACCCAUACCCACACACAUGGCUUGGCAGCAGCAGCAACAACAACACCACCAACAACGGCGACGGCCAGUAAUGAAACAACAAACUCGUCAAUGCCUUUGUAUGCAGGAGUAACAAAUUCGAGAGAGCAUAACCAUGACAACAACAACUACAGUGGAAACCAGCAGGCUCUUCAGAGCAAUAACAACAGCAACAACAACAACAACGGUAAUUCAACUGCCUGUAGUGAGUUUUUAAGGUCUGGCACGAAUUUGAAUUUAUCGUCUUUGGCUACGAAACCACCACAGCUCAUAUCAGUUGUCAACGAACGAUCAAACCAAACAGUGUUACGUACCACGACAGCACCGACGACAACUACGACGACCACGACAAACCCACCAAACGAUGACAGUGAUAAUAAUACAAUAAUCAAAGUCAGCAAUAAUAAUAAUAACAACAACAACAGCCAAGUGACCACAAAUCGAGGAGAUCAACAACCGAUAGAUUCUCCUCAGAAUUAUCAGCAAUCUUUGGAAUCUGUGAAAAAAAUCUCAACUCUAAAUUUCAACGUGAAAACGAGUGACAAUGAAAGUGUUACAACAAAUGGCAAAUUAGCAACCACAACAACAACAACAAAUACAAGUGCAAAUCCGAAUUCAAAUACCACAAUAACAACAAAUUCUAGUGAUAAUACAACAAGCCCAAAUAAAACAGUGAUAAAUAGUGUAAUAACAACAGCAACAACAAAUCAUAACAACAACAACAACAACAACAACAACAACAAUAGUGCAAAAGAAUCUCAUUUGAAAUCUGAACAAAAUAAUACCAGUGUCGAACUCCCAACCACCAACCAUCAUCACGAAGAGAAUCUCACGCCACAAAAUUAUCGCGGCCUCAACAACUCUGUGAUCAUCACCAACUAUCAUCAAAACACGCACAGCAUUCAGAAUUCCGAAUUCAAUGCCUCCACGAUACUCAAUGUUGCCAGCAAUGAUCCGAAUCUGAAUUUAGCCGUGACGGGACAUAAUUUGCAAACGACCUCCGAUAUUACGGCCGAACAUUUGCAGGUUGCAGGUGGCCACAGCGACGAACAGCAACAACAAAUUCUACAUCAUCAUCCACAACAACAGCAACAACAACAUCCCCAGUCCCUGGCCAAUUGUCCACCGGAACACUGGCUGAAUGCCGCCUACAACUCCUGUGCCUAUGACCUGUCUUUAAAUCACCCAUCAUCGAAUUGUGCCGACUUGGGUUUGCAACUUCUACCCUCACCACAUCACACACCCCACGGAUACUACAAUCCCCAUCCACAUCACCCCCAUCAUCUGAACAGUAGUAGUCCCCUUACCCCCAGCUAUUUACAAGAAGAACACAACGCCACAAUGCGUUCCAAUCUAGCCCUCUACACAACGCCCUAUGGCUCACAUCACGAACAUCACCUGCAUCAGCAUGGUCUGAUGGGCUCACAGACCACCGGUCCCACCAUACAUCACACAUACGAUGAGAUCAUACAGGACACACUCAAAGACGAAUGUCUCGAAGAACAUCAGACGGGCGCGAGCUAUUUAACCCUAAAUCCAGUGGACAUACAAUCUCUUAAGGAUACCUAUCAUUCGCCAGGUUUGGGUCAAGAAAUAACCCCCCUCACAGCAAUUGCCCCCGCCCAUCUGCAGGCACCGUCGCCCACCACAGCAUCACAACAUCAUCACCUGCAUGCCAUCCAUUACAUACAACACAACAAUUCGGCCAGUUCGGGUGGAAAUUCACCCUCACCCUCGUCGGGCCUAUCGCAAUCGGGUGGCGACUUGGCAACUCUACAGAAUUUCACACAAUUGACAACUGCCUCCGCGGGACCAACGGGACAUCGUGAUAUUUACAGCAUGCUGAGCGGACCCGAACAGGGACAAAUGUUCAGUUUCACCUCACCACCAUCACCGGUCCUGGCCAAUGGUUCCGUUUAUGCCGCCCCCUUGUUGGCCGCCACGGCCACCUCCAAUGGUGGUGGGAUGGCUGCUUAUGGCAUCCAAACGGCCAAUAUUAUGGGUACAAAUUCAUCGCCACCGCCAACGCAUCAUCAUCACCAAGCCAUGACACCCAGCAAUGGUGGUCAUGCGGCCAAUUCACCGGCAGCAACAGCUGGAGCAAACAACAACCCCACCUCGAAUGGUGGUGGUGCACAUGAAACGCAUAAUGAUGACUAUGAGAAUGGUUCACCCAAGAGUAACCACAGCAGUGCGGGCGGAGGUGAUGGUAACUCAACGACGGCGGCGGCGUCGGGUGGUGCCUUGCCAGCAUUUCAAAGAAUUGCUGGCAACACAUAUGGAGCCAAUGCAGCCGGUGGUGUUGAACGUUACGGCUCACUGAAUAACUAUCGCAGUCAUGCCGAUUCCUGGUCCAACUAUGAGGCCAUUAGCUAUGCACCUGCCUCCAUGGCAAAUCAGGCGCUAAACAAUGCCCUGGCCAACUCCAAUGUCAUACGCAAUGCUGUGUUCAAUGGACGUUCGGGAACCGCCGCUGAGGUGUCGGGAGCCAAUGCCAAUUUGGCAGCCUCUGCCUCUUUGUCAGCCACAUUUUUCGAUGCGGAUUUUUUUACGGAGGGGCGAGAAUGUGUCAAUUGCGGUGCGAUUUCAACUCCACUGUGGCGGCGUGAUAACACCGGACACUAUUUAUGCAACGCGUGCGGUCUUUAUCAUAAAAUGAAUGGCAUGAAUCGACCCCUUAUAAAACCACCCCGAAGAUUGAGUGCCUCCCGCCGUGCCGGUCUGACCUGUUCCAAUUGUUUGACCACCCAAACCUCCUUAUGGCGCCGCAAUCCCAAUGGCGAGCCAGUGUGCAAUGCCUGUGGCCUCUACUAUAAACUGCACAGUGUCAAGCGUCCGUUGACCAUGAAAAAGGAUACAAUACAGACCCGCAAACGCAAACCCAAGGGUUGUAAGGCCGAAAAAAUGAGCAAGAAACAGGCAGCAGCCGCUGCCGCCGCCGCAGCAGCUGCAGCAGCAAAUUCCAGCACUAUGGAGCAAGGCCUCAAUGAAAAUUCCAAUGGAAAUAUUUCCGGACUGAAUCUAAGCGAUAAUGAUAUUAAACCUUUAACACACCAACAACAAUUAAACACAUCCGCAUCAUCAUUAACCCAAUCGGCGGCUACAUCACCCACGACUAGUUUACCAUCGCCAAGUAAUUCUCAUCAUCACACGUUAAGUAAUAACAACAACAACAAUAAUAAUAAUAACAAUAACAGCAUGAAAAUGUCACCAACAUCGCCGUUGAUGCAACAGCAACAACAACAUCAUCAUAACUUGGGAAAUAUGUCACCACAUGAAUAUCAGCAGCAGCUUGGCCAGUUGCAGGCCUAUCAGCAACAGCAUGCCUCAUCAGCUUCAUCAUCGCCAAACAACAACAACAACAAUUCCACAUUUAAUGAACCAAACGCUAAUGAUGGCAAUCUGUCAUUUGUUAAAUUUAUGCAACAACAACAGCAGCAGCUGCAGCAUGCGGACAAACUGAAUCUGCAGCAAUUGACGCAAUUGCAACAACGUUCGAACAGCAUGAAUCCGAAUUCGCCGAACAACAACAACACCACGAAAACUUCACCUACCCCCCACAGCCCCACGGCAAUGGUACAACAAUAUCUGCAACAACAGCAACACCAUCCCAACCAGCUUUCACAACACUCUCCACCUCAGCAUGGCGAACACCCAGCCCUACAGCAUUCACCGCCCUCCAAUGCCCACAGCAGCCACUGUCCCCUGAAUAGCUACCAUCAGCAGCAGCAGGAGACGGCGGCCGGACAAGCCUCACCAUCCCUCUCAACGGAGGAAUAUGAAUGCUAUGGUGAUUUGAUAUCGGCCAAUGAUAACAACAACAUUAAAAUGGAAGAGUUGCAACAUAUGCAACAACAACAACACCAUCACCAGCAGCAGCAACAACAACACCAACAUGACAUGUUGUCCUCCUCGGCCCAUUUGCCAAUGGCGGCCAGUCGUAGCCCCUCCAUGGAUGAUGAUUACGAAUACCAGCGUACCCAACUGAUGUUGCAACAUCAUCAACACCAAUUGGAACAGCAGCAACAACAACAACAUCAUCUCCAGCAGCAGCAACAACAGAAUUUCUUGCAAUUCCAUAGUUUUUUGCCACAAAAUCUGGCCGAUUUCGGUCGGAAAUUUGAACGGGAAACAGUGGUGAAAAUGGAAUAGUUGGAUGGUGAGACAAAAUGGUUUGGGUGGCAAUUCAACAAUCUCUCAAUGACAGAGAGAGUGAGAGGGAGAGCUAGAAAGCAUAGAGUACAACUUUCUUUGGGGGUACGGGGGUGAGAAGUCAUGGACCUUAAGUCUCUUUGCCAAAUGCAAUUUUUGAAAAAAAAUUUUCAAAAACAUUUCAAAAUUUUUAAAAUUCAAGCCCGCCUGUAGAAAAAAAUAAUCUAAAUAAUUCAUAAAAUCAAAAAGUAAGGCUAUGGAGAAGCGAUUUUUUUCGAAUUGGCUUUUUUGGCAUAAAAAAUAAUUUUUGAUAUAAAAUUUAUUGAGCUUCUCUUGAGUGUUCAGUGGCCAGGAAGUUCAGGAAGAAAAGCCUAAAAGUGAGGUUUACCACAAAAUUUUCUUUUUUUUUGUAAACAUUUUGGAGAGAAAAAUGAAGUCAAAUUUAGUUAUAUUUUUCAAUUUGUCUAAAAUUAGAUAUUAUGGACAAUGCCAAGGUCAUCUGUUGAAAAAAUACCCAUAAUUUAGUUUAUGCCCCACAUCAAAAGUGAGGUUAGGGAGAACACCCUCGAUUUUCCAUAAUGAAACGAUUUCGAUUAUGACAUUUCCGAACUCGAUUUAUAUUCCUGAACUCAAUUAAAUUUGGUUUAAGAGAAAAAAACGAGUACCGUCCUCUAUGUAGGCUUUGGGGAGUUUUCCGUUGAGAAAAUACCCAUAUUUUAGUUUAUGGCUCACAUCAAAAGUGAGGUUAGGGAGAACCCCCCGAUUUUCCAUAAUGAAAUAAAUUCGAAUAUAAAAUUUCUGAACUCAAUUUGAAUGUUAGAUCUGCUUUAAGAAGAAAAAAAACGUGUGUCGUCUUCUAUGUAGACUUUGGGGAGGUUUCCAUUAUUUAGACCCCCAAAAGUGAGGUUAUAAAUGAAAAAGUCCACUUUUUGAUAAUUUCUUUGAAAAAAUAAUUUGGGCCAACGGUACGAACAAUAAUCCUAGUUUAGCCUUUUUCGAACUACUUCAUAAUAUAGAAGCCUAAAAGUGAGGUUAGGUCUGGAAAAAAUAAAUUUUUUAAAAAUUGUCAUAACUUCAUUGCCUUUUUGGUAGCAUCCUUCCAAAAUUUACCCUUAUUUAUAUGAUGGUCAACACUCAAAGUGAGGUUAUGGAGAAGCAACAUUUUUCAAUUCCUUUAUCCAAAAAAAAUACUUUCAAAUAUAAAUUGAACUAACCUAGAAUGUUACACCUGCUUUGAGGUGAAACAAAUUUAACCCCGCAUUAAGAGCAUAACAUAAAUCUGGAGAAUUUCAGUAUUGAGAUCCUCAAAAGUGAGGAUAGAAAAUGUUCGAAAAUUUUAACUUUUUUUAAGAAUUUAAAGCGGCUUAUUAAGACCCAUAUAAGCUCAUGUGUAGAGAAAAAUAACCCUAUUUUAAAUUCCUUUAUUCAAAGUGAGGUUAUGGCGCACAUUUUCUUUCUCCAUAAAACAAUACUUUCUGAAAAAAAUUCUUAAAACAAUUUGAGUUUUUUAAGGAGAAAUAGGGCAAGCAAUACAGCAUUUAUGGAAAAUAACCAAAAAAUUUAAAUUUUGACCAAAAGUGAGGUUAUGUACAUCGGAUGGCUUAAAACUCCUUUUUUCACAAAAAAAUGUUUUUCUAAUAUAGAAUAUAUGACCUGAUCUUGAGCUUUAUGUAUGGAUUUUAGGGGGAAAUCGUGGGGGAGAUCGUGAUAUCAAAAUAGAGCUAAAUGUAAAGUAUUUUAUUUCCUAGCUGGACUUUUGAAAAAUUGAGGUUAGAUAUUCAAAAAAAAAAAAGUAAAAAAAGCUGUAAGUUCUGCCGGGUCGAUCUUUGAAUACCCUCCACCUUUUGGAACGAAUUGGGCAAUUUUCUAAAAUAUAAAAUCCGUUAAAAAUUCUGUUAAAAUCUUAAAAAUACCGAAUAUGGGGAGGUACCGUUAUAUUAGGGUCUAUACGACGACGUGGACCUGCAUAGGCAAUUUUUGCAUAAGCCAUUACGAACUUCAAAUACCAAAUUUUAAAAAAUUCUGGCUAAUAAUGUCGCUAAAAUCAUCAAAAUACCCAAUAUCUUGAGGUACCGUUAUAUGGGGGCUAUACGAAGACUUUGACCUGCACAGACAAUUUUCUGUCUUAGGCUUUACUAUCCAUUACGAACUUCAAAUACCAAAUUUGAAAAAAUUAUGGCUAAUAAUGUCGCUUAAAUCACCAUCAUUUCAUUCGGAAGCUAGAGUGAUUUCCACAGACGGACAGACGGAUGGACAUCGCUAAAUCGACAUAGAAUUUUAUGCUGAUCAAGAAUACAUACUCUUUGUGGGGUCUAAAAUGUGUAUUUCGAGGUGUUACAAACGGAAUGAUAAACUUUAUUUACCCCCCAUACUAUGGUGGAGGGUAUAAAAAAUCACGAUUACCUUGGCAUUGGGCAUUUUCGUUCCAAAGAGAAAAGUGCGUGACUUCUUACUCUCACAAUUCUAACCUCACUUUUUUUAUACUCCAUUGCCAAGAAAGUGAGGUUAUGGCCGAUUUUUUUCAAUUUCAUUAAAAACAUACUGUCAUUUGAAUUCAUUUUUUAGGAAUUUUAUAAAACCAUUGCAAAUACACCAAAGAUCAAAGAAUUAAUCCAAAAAUAAUAAUAAAAAAAAAAAUGGACAGACUAAACAAAGACAAUUCCAAAGAAUCUUUAGAAUUAGGGAGCAUUUUUACAACAAAAAGUUAUAUUUCAAAAUAAUAUUUGAAAAAAAAAAAAUAAAAAGACAAAUAUUAUAUAAAAACUAAUCAUCAUGUAUACUAAGGAGCUAAAUUAUUUAGGCUCUGUUAAAAAACAAAAAACACAUCCUUUAAGGAAUUUACAAAAAAUCCAAAAUUAGUUAAACCAAAAAAAAAAACAUAUAUUUUGUAAAUAUACAAUAAUUAAUAAGAACUGUUUAUAUAAAAAAAUGAAAAAAAUAUAUAAAUUCAAAUUAAGAAAAAGCAAUAAAUGAUUUUUUUUUGUAUAAUUAAAUUAGUUUAAUUUGUUUUAUAA